AUGACAAGAAAUCUUAGCCUCGUCAUUCAAAUCCUUCUCUUAGUAUUUGCUUCGCAAUGCUCUGCAAAGGUUGCUGCCACCUUGGACGACGUCACCGGCACUGAAAAUCUUCUUAAGGUGACCGUACCAACAGUAAAUGAGCAGUUUCUUCGUCCUGCAGGAGCACCCCGGCGUCUUGACAUCGGUACUCUACCCGACAUUGGCAGCACGGUGAAUGACAUUAGGGAAAAUAUUGUUCUAAAUGAGAAUGGUGGGUCAGUUUUUGAUGUUACAAAACAUGGAGCUAAAGCUGAUGGGGAGACCGAUGAUGCACAGGCACUCAUGACAACAUGGAUUGCAGCUUGCCGGAAUACAGUCGGUCCGGCGAAGUUCUUGAUCCCACAAGGCACAUAUCUGGUGGGUCCGGUGACUUUUGCCGGUCCGUGCAAAAGCUUUCCGAUCACCCUCGAAAAUCAAGGAACUGUGAAGGCCACAACCGAUAUUAGUGAAUAUUCAUCUCCUGGAUGGUUCUCCAUUGAAGAUAUUACUGGCUUCAUCCUCACCGGCUCCGGCGUCUUUGACGGUCAAGGCGUCACCGUUUGGCCCUAUAAUGACUGCAAGAAAAACAGAUUUUGCCAACUUCUUCCAAUCUCGAUUAAAUUCUCGAGAUUAAAUCACACGAUCGUUGAUGGGCUCACUUCAGUAAACAGCAUGGGAUUCCACACUUCCGUAUUCUACUGUUACAAUUUCACUGCUACUAACAUGAAAAUUAUAGCUCCACAUAAUAGUCCGAACACCGAUGGAAUGCACCUUAGCACCUCAAAAUUGGUCACCAUUACCAACAGUGUCAUUGGCACCGGUGAUGAUUGUGUCUCCAUCGGCCACAGUACUGAGAAUAUCGUUGUCACCAAUGUCACUUGCGGCCCAGGACAUGGCCUCAGCGUGGGCAGCUUGGGCAAGUACUCAAAAGAGAAAAGUGUCUACAACGUUUUAGUAAAGAAUUGUACCAUUUUCAAUGCCACCAAUGGUGCAAGAAUCAAGACAUGGGCUAGCCGUAUCUCGGGGUUAGCCUCAGGAAUAAUCUUCGAGGACAUUGUAAUGUACAAUGUAAAAAAUCCUAUAAUCAUCGACCAAACCUAUGGCACUAAAAAGAAGAAGGUUUCAAAUUGGAAGAUCAGCGAUGUUCAUUUCAAGAACAUUCGUGGGACAUCAACAACGAACGUGGCAGUAUUGUUGGAGUGUAGUGAGUUGCUUCCAUGCGAGGGGGUGGAACUAAGGGACAUUAACUUGACUUAUGGAGGCACCAACUUGAGGAAUACGACCAUUGUUUCUUCAUGUUCGAAUGCAAAGAUUGCAACUUUUGGGGUUCAAAAUCCACCACCUUGUGUUGUAUAA